CGAAAAGCAUCAGUUUCGUUUGCAACAUAACCUGAACAACUCAACCAACAAUGGCCCCGAAAACCAGUGGAAAAGCCGCCAAAAAGUCCGGCAAGGCUCAGAAGAACAUCGCCAAGGGAGACAAGAAGAAGCGCAAGGUCCGCAGGAAGGAAAGCUACGCCAUCUACAUCUUCAAAGUGCUGAAGCAGGUCCAUCCGGAUACCGGAAUCUCGUCCAAGGCCAUGAGCAUCAUGAACAGCUUUGUCAACGAUAUCUUCGAACGCAUUGCCGCUGAAUCUUCGCGUCUGGCUCACUACAACAAGCGCUCGACCAUCACGUCCCGCGAAAUUCAGACCGCUGUCCGUCUGCUGCUUCCGGGAGAAUUGGCCAAGCACGCCGUCUCUGAAGGAACCAAGGCUGUCACCAAGUACACCAGCUCCAAGUAAAAACAUAUUGGCUACGAUUGCGGGAUGAAAGUUUCCUACAAACGGCCCUUUUCAGGGCCACAAAUGAUGUUUGAAAAGAGAUUUGAUUGAUAUUCAUUUAAGAA